GUCUGGGCUGUGGAAGCGGAGGGUGGGGACACUCUGGCCCGGUUCUCGGUGGUGCGGGAGCUGGCGCUAGCAGCGGCCGCUCUGGUCGGCGGACGUGCUGCCGAGUAGUCCCGGAAGCGAAGCAGCGAUGGCGGAGAGUCCGACUGAGGAGGCGGCGACGGCGGGUGCCGGGGCGGCUGGCCCCGGGGCGAGCGGCGUUGCUGGUGUUGUUGGCGUUAGCGGUAGCGGCGGCGGGUUCGGGCCGCCUUUCCUGCCGGAUGUGUGGGCGGCGGCAGCGGCAGCGGGCGGGGCCGGGAGGAAAGACCCAAAGAAUCCUCAGGGUUUACACUCACAUAGCCACUGGGACCCCACGCUCAGCUCCGACUGGGACGGCGAGCGCACCGCGCCGCAGUGUCUACUCCGGAUCAAGCGGGAUAUCAUGUCCAUUUAUAAGGAGCCUCCUCCAGGAAUGUUCGUUGUACCUGAUACCGUUGACAUGACUAAGAUUCAUGCAUUGAUCACAGGCCCAUUUGACACUCCUUAUGAAGGGGGUUUCUUCCUGUUCGUGUUUCGGUGUCCGCCCGACUAUCCCAUCCACCCACCUCGGGUCAAACUGAUGACAACGGGCAAUAACACAGUGAGGUUUAACCCCAACUUCUACCGCAAUGGGAAAGUCUGCUUGAGUAUUCUAGGUACAUGGACUGGACCUGCCUGGAGCCCAGCCCAGAGCAUCUCCUCCGUGCUCAUCUCUAUCCAGUCCCUGAUGACUGAGAACCCCUAUCACAAUGAGCCUGGCUUUGAACAGGAGAGACAUCCAGGAGACAGCAAAAACUAUAAUGAAUGUAUCCGGCACGAGACCAUCAGAGUUGCAGUCUGUGACAUGAUGGAAGGAAAGUGUCCCUGUCCUGAACCCCUACGAGGGGUGAUGGAAAAGUCCUUUCUGGAGUAUUAUGACUUCUAUGAGGUGGCCUGCAAAGAUCGCCUGCACCUUCAAGGCCAAACUAUGCAGGACCCUUUUGGAGAGAAGCGGGGCCACUUUGACUACCAGUCCCUCUUGAUGCGCCUGGGACUGAUUCGUCAGAAAGUGCUGGAGAGGCUCCAUAAUGAGAAUGCAGAAAUGGACUCUGAUAGCAGCUCAUCUGGGACAGAGACAGACCUUCACGGGAGCCUGAGGGUUUAGACCCUGCUCCCAUCUCCCCUUUCCCCCCAACUCAAGAGUCCCAGCAGAAUUCCUUCCCCCCACCCCAGGGAUGGAGAGGCACUGUGUAUCUCCCUCCAGACUCGAAGUCAUCCUGCAAGAUGGCGAGAACCAAGCAAGCUCGGAUCCCAGGGUGUGGGAGUGGGGGGCCUGUUCCUGGUCUGACCUCCUUGGCACUGGAGCAUCUGGGGCGACGUUCAUCUGUUCAUCCCAUAUCAGGGGCCAAGGUACCUUUACAGGAGCACCUAGAGCGAGGGCCUCUGGCAAAAACAAAACAACCAACACACCUCUCCACAGGGCCAGCUCCUUAGGGAUAAGUAGAAGACGGAAAUUGCAGUUCCAAGAGGGAUUGUGCCCAAAUGAUUUAUGGGGAUACCUGGAAGGGAGCUUGGGGUGGGGGCUGUCUGUGACACUUAAGCAGUCUGGGUGGUUGUCUAUUUGUCUGUCUUCAGUCUUGAAGCAGGGCUUCCCAAUGCCCUUUUCCUCCCUGCCUGCCUUCCCCCAUUAUUUCCCACAGGCCAGCAUAAUUUUGUUUUUCCUAAUUUAUAGUCACUGUUCUAGACAGACCAAAGAGAAGGAACAGUGGUGGAGUCUAGGCUGCUGAUCAGUAAGCUUUACCUAGCACCUGAGCACCUUUCUCCCCUCCCCCCUUUCCUCACCCUUUUCUAGAUGUAAGACAGAAGGUAAAUGUGACUGGGACUUAACCAAGGUCUUGGUAAAGCCUGCAUAGGCACCGUAAGAAGCUGAAAAUAUGUUUGUUCCCACAAUCACUGAUUUGAAAAGUUCCCGGCACAGGCAGCUGCUGUGUAUAUGGGAUUAGAGCCACUACAUAGAAUAGUCUUACAGAUUUUCAUAAAUACUAGUCACAAUGAGGGUAUUUCUUUUGAGGGUGGAGUAAGUGGGAGACUGAUGCUAGUCAUUGUAUUUUGUUGGGCUGUCCUUGUGUAUUUUCACCCCAGCCUGUAGUCCUCCUCACUUCAACCCCAGGGAUUUGUGGGGAGCAAGGGUAGCCAAUGGCAGAGGGGAUUAGGGCUGGGGCUCUGGAGGCUCCUCCCCUUCUUUCUCCUUCCGCCUCCCCUGUGCCCCCAGCUGCUCUUGUCACUGACUCUGAUGGGUGUUUGCCUGGCUGUGUUGCUUCUCUGUAUUUAGCUGCAGUGAUCCUUUAGCUGGUUGGCUCAGAAAAAAAAUGUGCUUUAGGUGCCCUGUAAUCCUGGGCAUCAAGGGAAUCCAUCCUUCCCCUUUUUGAUAUGUUCUCCCCAUACUUCCAGAUUUAUUGUUAUGGCUCCCAGUGGGUAUUGGCAAUUCUUGUGAUGCAGGGCCUCAGUCAGUGUCCAGUCAUGCAUAAGGGAGAGGAUAGUGUGUACCUGCCCUGCCCGCUGCUAUGAAAGUCUCUGGCUUGUGGAUCAUGGGACUCCCCUUGGAGGAUCUGUGCAAAGCAGGGCUGGGCAAAAAGGAGAAUGUCCUACUUGGGAGGGCAGGAAGCAAAGGAACUGGACAGGGAUUGGUGGGCUUGGGGAACGGAAGUUUAUCUUGGAUACCCAUGAAGAGGCUGGGUCUCUUCACAUGAAGAUUGAAAAGGGACCCUGCUUCCAAUUUCCCUCUUCCAUUCCUAAAGCUACUCCAGGGCUUAGAAAAAUGCCCUUGGUCUGUGGGUCCAGUGUUGUCUGUCAUCCAUUUAAGUGUUCCCACUUUCAAGUGACAAUCCUCUCCUUGGCCCUGCCAUAGGGCAGAGCAUGUCUGGCAUAGCAGCCUGACUUUUAUGCCCUAAUCUUGAGUUGAGGAAAUAUAUGCACAGGAGUCAAAGAGAUGUCUUUAUAUCUGACUGUAUAUAAAUGAAGUUUUCUUUUUUUUUUUUUUUUUUUUUCCUUUUUGGUGCAAUAAAGUUUGUUUUGGCAGAAGGA